AUGCCUUACAACACAGCUCCCAUAAUCCCACGGAGGGAGCCAUUAGGCCAAGCGCAACUUCCCCUAUCGCGCGUGAAGAAGAUCAUCGCCCUCGACAACGAUGUCAGCAUGUGCUCCAACAACGCAGCCUUCGUUAUUACUCUAGCUACUGAGAUGUUUAUCCAAUACCUCGCCGAGCAAGGCCACAACGUCGUGAAAUCCGAGCGGAAACCACGCCGGAAUAUCCAAUACCGCGAUCUCUCAAACGCAGUAGCACAUCUCGACAACCUGGAGUUCCUGGUUGACGUCGUGCCGCGCACCGUGCCUUUCAAGCAAGUCAAAGAGCGCAAGGCUCCACAAGGUCCUAAAGCCCUGCUGAAUGGCGGGAACGCUGUGGUGCCCGGCCAGACUACGCUCGAUGGCCGCUCGCAUCUUGCGAAUGGCGCCGCCAAUGGGUUCACGCACGCGCACGAGGCUGAGGAGGCCGCGGCCCUCGACCCCAACGCGCAGCUGGAGAUGGAGAACCGGAGGGCGAGGAUGAGCGCGGGGCAGGAUGGGCAGCAUGCUUACCAGGAUGUGGAGAUGAGUUAG